GAUCGUUGCUGCCGCCUUCAUCCUCCUUCUUGACACUGCCUAUAAGUGUAUCGCGACUUUGUACCCUGUCCUUGUCUUCCAUCAAUCCCUCGAGGGUCUUGAUAUCGGGGCGCGUCUCUCUACUAUUCCCUUCCCCAAUGGCAAGAAGUAGAUGCCUUGGGUUCUCUGCGCAAUGUACGGUCUGACCACUCACAUCUCCAUUGCUAUCGGCCUCGGCCUCCGCUAUAGCUACGAGCCCAAGUCCAAGUCCUCCCUUAUAGUCCAAGGCUGUCUUAAUGCCGUCUCAGCUGGCUUCCUUAUCUGCAGUGGUCUUGUAGAGCUUCUUGCUAAAGACUUUCUCUUCGAUCCCAACUGGACGAAGAGUCGUGGGCUUCUUCUAUGGAUAGUGUUGUACAUUCUUCUCGGUGCUGGGAUCAUGGUGCUUAUUGAAUGAUGGGCAUGAAGGAAAAAGUGUCUAGGUUGUAGGGGCC